GUCACUUGGGUACUGGUACACACCCAGAGCAGGUGUAUUAGGGAAGAAACCCUUUUCACCUCUACAGCAGAGCGUUGUGACAGAGAUCAGUCAUUCUGGGAGACUGGCUUGUAAAUGUCUUGAAUUUCAGGAAAUUACUCAAGGAAGCUUGGCAGCACAAAUAGCAGCUUGCUGAUUCUUGCUUAGCUGUGUCAUUAAUCUGGGAAGGACUGGUGGAGGGUCUUCACUGCCAGUCUACAGCGGACGAGGUCCUGUAGCCAUUGGAAACUAAUCAGCACUGGAUCCACAAGUCACCAGUGAGACAUGGCAAGCCCAAGGGACAGCCAGGCGGAGACCACCGUGUGCCCAGCUGAUGUGACCCUCACAGGGAGCCCCGAGACCAUCAGCGUGAAGGCAGAGAGCGGGUCGCCUGACAUCACUGAGCCCUGGAGCCUGAACGUUUCGGAGCGCAGCCUUCAGGUCCUCUAUCUCCCCAGCUUUGACAUUCUGCCUAUCGAUGAGACCACCUGGCUGGAACGGGUCAGGGAACCCUCCCCUACCCCCACCCCAAGCCCUGAGGUCGCUUCAGCCUCCCCGACACGCUGUGCGGGGGAGCCAGAGCAGUGUCCCCAGAUCCACAGCUCAGCCUUGGUGGUUCCAGCCCUGCCAGUGGGGCCGGACGAGGAGCGCUCCUUGGAGCAGAUGCAGACCCUGGUUGUGGAGGAGGUGUUGAAGGACAUUGAGACGGCCUGCAAGUUGCUCAACAUCACACCAGAUCCAGUGGACUGGAAGGAGGGGAACGUCCAGAAGUGGCUGCUGUGGACGGAGCACCUGUACAAGCUGCCUUCCGUGGGCAAGGCCUUCCAGCAGCUGGACGGCAAAGACCUGUGUGCCAUGAGUCAGGAGGACUUCCAUAAACUGUGCCCCGAGUACAGCAGCACACUGCACGCCCACCUGGACAUAUGGAAAUCAGCUGCUUGGAUGCACGGAAGAUGUUCAGUGACUGAAAGACCAACACCAGCAGGAGGUCAGGACGCAUGGCCGGAGGCGGACUCUUCCUGCUCUGGCCAGCCCGUGCACCUGUGGCAGUUUCUCCGGGAGCUGCUGCUCAAGCCCCACAACUACAGCCGCUACAUCCGCUGGCUCAAUAAGGACAAAGGAAUCUUCAAAAUCGAAGACUCUGCUCAGGUGGCUCGUCUAUGGGGCCAAAGGAAGAACCGGCCAGCGAUGAACUACGACAAGCUCAGUCGCUCCAUCAGGCAAUACUACAAGAAGGGUAUAAUACGCAAGCCGGACAUGUCCCAAAGACUGGUCUAUCAGUUCGUCAACCAGGUGUGAGUGUAUCUUCAGCAGGCUCUCGCCCUGUCUGGAGAUGGAGGAGGGAGGAGGUGAUACGUCCACUGGCCCCUGAGUCUGAGUCCAUUCCUGAGAGACUAACUAUAUGAACCACAGGAAAAUACACUCUGGACUGGCACGGACAGCUGAUUUUAUUUUUUUUUUCUUUGUAUUUUGUAUCUGUUUUUUCUCAAAAAUUAUUUAUUUUUUUAAUAUCGUCGUCAAAUGACAAAGUUUUUUUUUUUUUUACACAAGCAGCAGAAAGCAAGGUUUAAACAUUAUAUUUUGAUAUAGUGACAGAAGAUGAUGACAGAAGAGAUGACCUAAUGUCCAGUCCUAGGAAGGUAGUGAGCACUAGUCUAGUGCCAGGAUACUCAUCAGGGCAGCAAAAACUUGUGCAGUUGUGUUCUUUCAAGUCAACUCAAUAUAGUUGAUUACACCAUUAAGCGUUAUUAGGAGGACAGAAAAGAGCCCAUGCCCUGUUUUACGCUCACAUUCCCACUAUAUGACUUUGUACAACAAUUGCCUAAUUUGUUUAGGCUCAUACAGUAGAUCUAUAAAGCUAUUUUAUUAAUAGUCUUGUUCUAGAUAGAAUCUUGUCUAUUUAGAUACCUUGAGUAUUAGUUACAGUUUGCUUACUUCUGUG